AUGAAAUUAGGUUAUAUUACAGCUGCUAUCUUAAUGGUAACAUCUGCGGUUCAGGCAAUUGUUCAUCCUGUUGAGGUUCGUGGAAGGCAUUUUUAUGAUUCAGUCACAGGAAAGCCUGUAAUUAAUACUAGGUACGAUCCUUUAUCCGAUGUUAAUAAAUGUGCCAGAGAUAUAUAUCUUUUUCAACAGCUUGGACUUAACACAAUCAGGGUUUAUUCAAUUAAUCCUGAUUUGGAUCAUGACAAGUGUAUGUCACUUUUAGCAGAUGCUGGAAUAUAUCUUGUGCUCGAUGUGAACUCCCCACUAGAUGGUCAACACUUAAAUAGAUAUGAGCCAUGGACUACCUAUAAUGAGAAGUAUAUGUCUCAUAUCUACAAGGUUAUAGCCCAGUUCUCCGCAUUUAACAACACCUUGGGAUUCUUUGGCGGAAAUGAGGUGGUCAACGACUACAUUUCUGCAAAAGCAGCUCCAGUCUAUAUUAAAGCUGUUAUUAGAGACAUGAAGGAAUUCAUGAAACUAAGCGGUUUGCGUAAAAUCCCUGUUGGCUAUUCAGCUGCAGAUGACCUCAACUUUAGAACGUCUCUUGCGGAAUACUUGGAAUGUUAUGCGGGCUCACCGGAUGACCAGAUAGACUUUUAUGGAGUCAAUACCUAUCAGUGGUGUGGUCAACAAACAUUUUACUCGAGUGGUUAUCAUCUCUUAGUGAGAGAUUAUGACAAAUUCAGUAAACCUAUAUUCUUCUCGGAAUAUGGUUGCAAUGAGGUAAUACCAAGAAGCUUUCAAGAAGUGGGUGCGAUAUAUUCCAGUAAGAUGUCAGAGGUAUUUUCUGGUGGAUUAGUAUAUGAGUUUGCACAGGAAGCCAAUAACUAUGGAUUGGUGGAUUAUGAUGACGAAGGAAACGUUAGACUUCUUCCCGAUUUUUAUAGUUUCCGAAAACGGUUAUCUGAAGCGCCAGCACCUCCUAUUUCUAAAUCAGACUUGGCAGUCAUUAACAGCAAAACUGGAGGUACCAUUCCGAGAAGGGGCGAUGACAGCGGUGACUACAAAUUCUGCUCGACGGAAUAUGCUAACCUAGAUGUUAGUAAAGGAUUACCUAAACCUGCUGCUAAGGGAAUUAUCAGAUCGUUUAUCAACCUACAAAGUCUUUAA